AACCGAAGCUGCCCGUCGGGGCGGCGCUGACAGGCAGCGGCGGGCGGGCAGCGACCCCGCUGAUCCUGACCGACGGACGCAUUGACGGACGCACGGAGCGGCGGAGCCGCUCUGCGACGGAGCCUCGGAGCGAGCCCGGCGGGCGGGCCAACCGCCGAGCCGAGCCCGGCUCCGGGAAAAGCCCCUGCCCCGGGACAGACCACAGCAGGUGCUCCCCAUAGGACAGCUCAUUUGCUGACCUGCCUGGUGACCUGGGAAGCAGACUGAAGCCCUGGGGGCUGGCGGAUCCCAAGGAGGAGCUGCAGUGGAGAGUUAGGAACGCUGGUGAGCAGCUGUGCUGACCGCCAUGGACCUGGAUUGCUAUGCCAGCAUGCAGGUGGGGAUGCGUGUGGUGCGAGGGGUGGACUGGAAAUGGGGCAACCAAGACAAUGGCGAAGGGAACGUUGGCACUGUGGUGGAGAUCGGCCGGCAGGGCAGCCCUACAACGCCUGAUCGAACCGUGGUAGUCCAGUGGGAUCAGGGCACCAGGACUAAUUACCGGACUGGCUUCCAGGGCGCCUAUGACCUUCUCCUCUACGACAACGCACAGAUAGGUGUCCGUCACCCCAACAUCAUCUGCGACUGCUGUAAGAAGCACGGGCUGAGGGGGAUGCGUUGGAAAUGCAAGAUCUGCUUCGACUAUGACCUCUGCACCCAGUGCUAUAUGAACAACAAGCAUGACCUCUCUCACGCCUUCGAACGCUAUGAGACUGCACAUUCCCGCCCGGUCACAGUGAGUGCCCGCCACAACCUUCCUCGAGUCACCCUGAGGGGCAUCUUCCAAGGCGCCAAGGUCCUCCGGGGCCCAGACUGGGAAUGGGGCAAUCAGGAUGGGGGCGAGGGGAAGCCAGGCCGUGUGAUGGACAUCCGUGGAUGGGAUGUGGAGACAGGCCGCAGCGUGGCAAGCGUGACCUGGGCCGACGGCACCACCAACGUCUAUCGCGUGGGGCACAAGGGGAAGGUGGACCUCAAGUGUGUGGUGGAGGCGCCGGGAGGAUUCUAUUACAAAGAGCACCUCCCGAGGCUAGGCAAGCCUGCCGAGCUGCAGCGGAAGGCGAGCACCGAGAGCCCCCCCUUCCAGCACGGAGACAAGGUCAAGUGUCUGCUGGCCAUGGACAUUCUCCGGGAGAUGCAGGAGGGCCAUGGAGGCUGGAACCCCAAGAUGGCCGAGUUCAUUGGUCAGACAGGCACAGUCCACCGGAUCACUGACCGUGGUGACGUGCGAGUACAGUUCAAUAGUGACGCCCGCUGGACCUUCCACCCCGGCGCCCUGACCAAACAUAACACGUUUUGGGUCGGUGACGUGGUCCGGGUCAUCGGUGAUCUGGAAACAGUGAAGCGGCUGCAGGCCGGACACGGGGAGUGGACGGACGACAUGGCUCUGGCCCUGGGGCACAUUGGGAAAGUGAUGAAGGUUUUUGGGGAUGGAGACUUGAGGGUAUCUGUCGGAGGUCAGUCCUGGACUUUCAACCCCGCCUGCCUGACGGCGUACCACUCGGAGGCAGAUGCCAACCUGAAUGCUGCAGAGAGCGCCAAGGAGCCGAAGAGCUCCCUGGGCGCUGUCCUGGAGAAGCUGCUCGCCCAGAAGAGUGACCCUGAGCAACCGGGGCGGCUGGUGACCGAGGUGGCUCAUGGCAACGUCGCCAGGGUGCUGGAGCUGGUGAAGAGGCAUCCAGACAAGGUGGAUGUCAGGAACCAGGGCCGCACGGCCCUCCAGGUGGCCGCCCACCUCGGCCAGGUGGAGCUGGUACGGUUGCUCCUCCAGGCCCACGCGGGCACAGAUGUGCGGGACGAUGAGGGGGAUACCGCACUGCAUUAUGCGGCCUUUGGGAAUCAGGCCGAAGUGGCUCGGGUGCUGCUGAGCCGGGGAGCAAAUGCCAACUUGAUCAAUAAUGCCAAGUGCACUGCCCUGCAUGUGGCUGUCCGCAAGGGCUUCCGGGAGGUGGCACGUGUCCUGUGUGAGCAAGGCUGUGAUGUCAAUAUUCCUGACAUGUGUGGAGACACUCCCUUGCACUGUGCCAUCUCAGCAGAUGCCAAGGGCAUCAUCGAGAUCCUCACCGAGGUGCCCACCAUUGACUUCACCGCCUCCAAUUGCCAAGGCUUCAGCCUUCUCCACCAUGCGGCACUCAAAGGCAGCGCGCUAGCCGUCAGGAGAAUCUUGGCCCGGGCCCGGCAGCUAGUAGACACCAAAAAGGAUGAUGGCUUCACGGCCCUCCACCUCGCCGCCCUCAAUAACCACCGGGAGGUGGCCGAGAUCCUCAUCAAAGAGGGUCGCUGUGACGUGAACCUCCGCAACAAUCGCCACCAGCUGCCGCUGCACCUGGCAGUGACCCAGGCCCACGUGGCGCUGCUGCUCCUGCUUGUGAGCGCCGGCAGUGAUGUCAAUGCCGAGGACGAGGCUGGGGACACUGCCAUGCACAUCGCCCUGGAGAAACACCAGCUGCUGGCCCCCCCGGCUGAGGCCACCGGUGCGGGGGAAGGGGCCUCACUCUUCUCCAGGGUCUCCGGCUUCCUGGGCAGCACAGAGCUGACUGUGGGCAUUGCCAUUGCUUGCUUCCUGGCCCAAGAGGGUGCUGACGUGAACUAUGCCAACCACCGGGGCAAGAGCCCCUUGGAUGUGGUCACAGAUGGACGGGUGGCCCAGGCCAUUCGGGGCUUUGCUCAGAGAUUCAGGGAGCAGCAGGGCUCUCUGGGCAGCACAGGGAGGAGCUGUGGGCUUCGGAGGAUGCACAGCACACCCAACACCAUGACCAACCUGAGCGUGGGUGGGGCAGGCGGCGGCAGUGGUGGGCCAGGGGCCGGGCCCUCUGAGUGCCUCGUCUGCUCCGAACUGGCCCUGCUGGUGCUCUUCCUGCCCUGCCAGCACAGCAUCGUGUGUGAAGAGUGUUCCCGCAGGAUGAAGAAAUGCAUCCGCUGCCAAGUGACAAUCAACAAGAAGCUUCGACAAGACAGCAGCGAGGUGGAGAGCAGCCUGUCGGGGCUGGAGUGUGCAGGCCAGCGGCAGCUGAUGGAGGAGCUGCAGAGCCGCUACCGGCAGAUGGAGGAGCGCAUGACCUGCCCCAUCUGCAUUGACAGCCACAUCCGCCUGGUGUUCCAGUGCGGUCACGGCUCCUGCCUCGACUGCAGCUCAGCGCUCAGCGUCUGCCCCAUCUGCCGCCAGGCCAUCCGCGACCGCAUCCAGAUCUUUGUCUGAGCCUCACGAGGACACGGGCCUCUGCGGGAUCCAGAAGGCCAGGGCACCCCCCUCCUGAGGCGGGCAGCCUGCCCGAGAGAGGCCUUUGAUGCUCUGAUGUGUCCGUGGGCCCUUCUCUUGCUGCCCAAGGAGGCCUAAGCCAUGGGCAGGAAGGGGGCUGUGGGCCAAGCAUCCAGGGAUUUUGCACUUUAGGUGGUGGGGGAGGUGUGGGCUGGGUGGCACCUCCCCAGAACAGCAGCCUGGGGCACAGCCUCGUGGGCAGCUGAAGAGGGCACUGGGGUUACAUGCUGCCUGCGGCCCCUGCAGGCACCCAGCACCCCACCGUGCUGACAAAGACUCCUCCUACUGCUGGCUUUGGGCAGGCUAGGACCCGGCCUAGAGGUGGCCAGGGCUUGGGCCUCAAAGUCUGGUGCCCCUGCCGGGACGGGCUCCUGCUGGCAGCCUGGGGGCCCAGGUGGAUGGGGGGGGGCCUCUUCAUGGUCACCAUCUUCUCCAGUCUCUCACUGGCCAGUCCACCCCAUGGGGCUUCAGGGACUUCCCCCAUGGGAAGCCAAGCCGGCUGCUGUGUGUGCCCAGGGGACCCAGUGCUUCUCAUCCUCUGCCCGUGAGCUCUGUGUGUGGCGUGCGUGUUGUGAUUCCCCGCAUCCCCCAUCAGCUAUCUGAACCCCCCAGCCCAGGCACCAGCUGUGCCCUGUUCUACAAGAGCCAUCUUUCUAGUAUCUGCCUUUGCAACCCCCAAACACACACACACACACACUCUCUCUCUCUCUCUCUCUCUCUCUCUCUCUCACACUCACACACACACACAUACACACACACACACACACACACACACACACACA